UCACUUGGUUGACAAUAAAAGCUGACGGAACAGGAAUCGCGGUUGGCUCUGUUUGCUUUAUCUUUGGCUUGAAUGUCCCUUCCACCACCUGCCAGCCGUGAGCACCCUUAUCAAAACGAGUGCAUAGGGAGUCCAUCGGGCUGUCCUUCAGCAAACCUCGGUGAAGAAAGAGGUUGCUUGUCAGGCAAUACCAACGAAAAGCUUCAGUAUAAUAUUAAAAGCCACAACCCCCAAAGCAAGUGACAAGGACAAUGAGCAAGAAAAAGGCCGAUGAAGCUAGCAAGGUGCAACAUUCCUACCAUGAUCAUGCCAACGACGAAGAGGAGGAGAGUAAUCUUCAGAGCCACCUUGUGGAGAUGUCUCUCUACAGACCUGCCGACCAAAAUUUCCCAGCGCGCCUUCAUAGAUUGCUGACCAAUGCGGAGAAGGAGGGUAUCUCACACAUCAUUUCAUGGCAACCACAUGGCAGGUGUUUCCUGGUCCAUAACAAAGAGCUAUUUGAGCAGCAAGUCAUGCCAAGGUGGUUUCAGCAAUCCAGUAACUCCUCUUUUUUGCGUCAGCUUAAUCUCUAUGGAUUCAUGCGGCUGCACAAAGGCCCUGACAAAGGAGGCUACUACCAUGAACUCUUCCUAAGACGGAAGCCUACGCUCUGCCGCAAGAUAGAAAGGACCAGAAUCAAGGGGAGAGGGGCAAGGAAGGCAGUGUCCCACGAAUCUGAGCCCAACUUUUACCAAAUGACGGCCUUGCCUCCUGACGAGCCCGGUAGCGGCGUUGCCAGUGCAGCGCCCGCAGCCGCCCAGAUGCUGGCAGGUCAGGGCGCCGUGAACGUGUAUCCUCAAGUGGCAUCACUGCCGAUACAACCCAGAGUUGGCCAGCCUCAGUCCACCUUGCUGCAGCCUCAAGCGGUCCUACCAGCCCAGCAAGCUGCAGCGCUUCAGCUACAACAGAUGGGUCUUUGGCGUCAGCACCAGCAGCACCAGCCCGCAGUCCAGGUAUUUGCACCCGUACCCGCACUCUCCGCUACGACCUUGCUGCCCAAUGUGAAUCGCACCAAUGAAAGCCAAAGUGGCGCUCUGGCUCAAGCGAACGCCAAUGCACACCAGAUGCCUACUGGGGCCCCAGCAUUUGACAGUGCUUCGAUCUCAUCAUGGUCUUCGAUGGCUCUAUCUCAGCAUGCUGCUGGCCUACCGGGUUUGAAUGCAGGUAGGCCCGGGACGGCAUCAACUGCUGCAAGUACAAGUGCCACCAUUGUUCAGCAAUCCACAGCUCCUCGAUAUUCUCUUGCAGGCAACUUUGCAUCUGCCUCCAACGAUCAAAUACGAGUCGCCCACGGACAAGCCGUAGCAGCAGAAACAGGGCAAUCACUUCAGAUGCAACCAAACCCAGCGCAGCAAGACAUUCUGAGUAGUGCUACUGCUACAGCCAACACAGGCGGCACCACUCUUCCAAACUUCCUCUCGAACCUUUUUGAACCCACACCUUUCCCACAGCUGCCAAAUUUCCCUCCAACUCAAGGGGACCAAGGGCAGCACCCACAAGGUGAACAGCUACUCUCGGCCGCCAUUCGGCAGCAGCAAGCUAUUGCUGCUAGAGCCCCUCAGCCAUUUUCCUCAAACACCAGCUUUCUAGGACUGAACCAAUCGCUUGCCCCACUGCAAAGAACUCUUUCCCCGAUGCAAAACAUAGACCUCCAGGGGAGCCAACCAGAGGAGGAAAGGAAAGAUCCCGACAGAGCUGCCCCCACUGCCAGCAGAGGAAAGCCUCCAGACGAGAAGACACCCGACAACAUCUAGCUAUGUAGACUACAUGUAGGGAAGAAUAGAAACUUGCACUAAUAGAUACCGGGAGUUGUCUAGCUAGCUCAUUGUCUCCCAUAGUCGAGAGUCAGUCACGAGAGUCGAGC